CAUCUGUAACAUUCCUUUAUCCCUCCAUCCACUGUACAGAGAGGACUUUGACGCCGCCGUUCCUUUGUGCAUUGCUCGAAACAAUCACCUUUAAGAGAGGAAAAAACACAUAGUUCUUCCACUCCUUGUAUACCAGCUAUUCAAUUCCCAUUCACGCAGCCCCCAUCCCUUCCACUUUCCUUUCUGGCUUGAACACCUCCACCGUCAAACAUGCACGUACUAUCUACCCUCGCCCAAGCCCUAGGCCUCUGGGCCUCUUUCACCGCAGCCGUAUACACGCUGCAGGACGACUAUGGCACCGACUCCGCCUUCUUCGACAAGUUCAGCUUCUUCACAGGCGCAGACCCUACCCAUGGGUUCGUCAAGUAUGUCGAUCGAUCCGCCGCGCAGAAUGCAGGCCUAAUCAACGCCGGUGGCUCCGUCUACAUGGGCGUAGACCACAAGAACGCCGCGCCAGGCGGCCGUCAAAGCGUCCGUAUAAGCAGUAACAAAGCAUACAACCACGGACUCUUCAUCCUGGACCUGGCCCACAUGCCCGGCAGCAUCUGCGGCGUCUGGCCAGCAUACUGGCUCCUCGGCCCCAAUUGGCCCAACAACGGCGAAGUAGACAUCAUCGAAGGCGUGAACGACCAAACCAACAACCAAGUAGCCCUACACACUAGCGAUAGCUGCACGAUCAACAACUCUGGCUUCUCCGGCACCCUCCUCACCAGCAACUGCUAUAACAACGCCCCUGGCCAAGCCAGCAACGCCGGCUGCGGCAUCAAAGAUAACUCGGCCCAGUCGUACGGCAACGGAUUCAAUGGCGCCGGGGGCGGCGUGUUCGCAACGGAGUGGACCGGCCAGGCGAUUAGUAUCUGGUUUUUUCCACGGUCGGGCAUCCCCGGCGAUAUUAGCAGCGGGCAUCCGAAUCCGGGGGCUUGGGGGACGCCUUCUGCGCGGUUUUCUGGGGCUUGUAAUAUUGAUUCUCAUUUUAAGGAUUUGCAGAUUAUCUUCGAUACGACUUUUUGUGGUGAUUGGGCUGGCGGCGUUUGGGGGUCGGGUAGUUGUGCUUCGAAGGGAUCUUGCAACGAUUGGGUGGCUAAUAACCCUGCUGCGUUUGAAGAGGCGUUCUGGCGUAUCAACUCGUUGAAGGUUUAUCAGGGCGGAGCUUCGAGCGUUGCGAGUGAUGAGAGUGAGAUUGGGAGUGAGAUUGGGAGUGAGAUUGGGAGUGAGUGGAAGAGUGAGGAACCUCAGCCGAUACCUUCGUUUAUCAAACAGCGCCGGGGGCAGUGAUUUAGCGCCGUAGUAUAUCUUCGUUGGGCUGGGCUUUGAGGUCGUUGUCUGAUAGAUCUUUCUCUACUUUCGUUUUUAUACAUAGGGAUUUGACUGCUGUAAUGGUGACAUUCUUUUAUGACUUUUGAAAUGCUCCACGGAGUGUUAAAAUAUGCCAAAACAGGUAUAUCUAGCUGAAU